AUGGCAUGGACGUGUCAGCUUUCCCUAUUGACCCAGCAAAGAACAUUCAUGAAUCGAAACUUUGCCAUUCCGCAGAAAAAGGCAAGGAUGGAGGUGAUGGUAAUGAAAGCCACUUAG